AUGGCUGCAACCAAGACAGAGAUGCUCCUCUCAGCCCUUCAGAUCUCAGACCCACUAGGCUUCCCCUACUCUCCCAUGGACAGCUACCCCAAGUUGGAGGAGCUGAUGUUGCUCCACUCCGCAGGGACCCCGUUCCUGGCUGCCUCCACAGCAGAAGGUGUAGGCUUUGGGACCGGGGAGCCAGGAGACUCAUACGAACAUCUGAAUGAAGGUAAGGGCUGCUCUAACUCUAAACUCUUUAUGGUUUCAUUCAGAAAUAUGCAUGAAAAUGUGCAUAAUCUUUUAGGUUGCAUUUGAGUUCUGACAUACAGUCUAUGCAAAAAAUAUGAAUAUGCUAAGAUGUUUGGAUAAACUAUAAAUAGCUUUAAAAAGUGUUAUUAUUAUAGUGCAUAGAGCUAUACUGGUAUUUGUCUUCUUUAACGAUUGGAUGAUUGAAUUUUUGCAACCAAAAAUAACUAAAAAUGAAUGAAUAUGUAGUAUAGUUCUAUGAUAUAACUGAUUGCGUAAUUUACAUGCAUUUGGUGCAAAUAUGAGACAGUAUUACUAUUUUCAUAAACUGCAUGAUCAUUGAUAGACAGUUAUAAGGGGUCGAAAUUUGGGGGAAUUCUCUUGUAUUGUGUCAGCACCUUGUAAGUUGAUGUAUUUUGUAUGAGCCAGCAGGAUUCUUCUGUGCUCACCCCCUGAAUCCUAAACAGUAGUGGGGGCUGCCAUCUGCAGCAAAUGUAAAUGUGCUUUUACAUGGCAGCUGUUAAAUGCUAACUGUUUGUUGUUGUUCUUUCAGAUACAUUACCUGACAUCUCUAUCGGCUGUGACAAGUCUCUUAUCGACCAGACCUACUCAACCCCUCGCCUGCCCUCUAUCUCCUACACAGGGAGGUUCACCCUGGAGCCUGCAACCAGCUGCAGCAACAGCAUGUGGGCAGAGCCAUUAUACAGCCUGGUCAGUGGGCUGAUAGGCAUGUCCCAACCGCCCACCUCAGUUGCCUCAUGCUCCUCUGCUGUGCCGGUCAGCUCCUCCUCCCACACCAUGAGCUGCCCCGUCCAAAUCGGUGAUUCCAACCCCAUCUACUCGGCUGCACUCACCUACUCCAGUGUUAGCCCUGACCUCUUCCCUGACUCUAACCAGUCCUUCCCCAGCCCCUCAAACAGCUCAGUCCAGUACCCACCGCCCACCUACCCCAGCAGCAAGACCUGCUCCUCCAACAUGGCUCUGCCCAUGAUCCCAGACUACCUGUUCCCCCAGCAGCAGGGUGAGAUCAGCCUGCUUCCCCCUGACCAGAAGCCUUUCCAGUCUCAGAGCAUCCAGCAGCAGCUCUCCCUCACACCCCUGUCCACCAUCAAAGCAUUUGCCACACAGACUGGCUUUCAAGAUCAUAAAGGUUCCUACCAGUCUCAGCUGGUCAAACCCAACCGCAUGCGCAAGUACCCCAACCGCCAGUGCAAGACCCCUCCCCACAAGCGCCCCUACGCCUGCCCCGUGGAGACGUGCGAUGGCCGUUUCUCCCGUUCAGACGAGCUGACACGCCACAUCCGUAUCCACACGGGCCAGAAGCCCUUCCAGUGCCGCAUCUGCAUGCGCAAAUUCAGCCGAAGCGACCACCUGACCACACACAUCCGCACGCACACCGGCGAGAAGCCCUUCGCCUGCGACAUCUGCGGCCGCAAGUUUGCCCGCAGCGAUGAGUGCAAAAGGCACACCAAGAUCCACCUGAGGCAGGCGAAGGACAGAAAGGUGGAGAAGGCAGGGCCCACCCCCAUGGUCAUCCCCUCCCCAGUCUCAGGGUUCUCCUCCCCCUCCACAUCAUACCUCUCUCCCAGCUCCUCUUACCCCUCCCCAGUGCCCUCCUGCUACUCCUCCCCAAUGCACAGCUCUUAUGGCUCCCCAUCAGUCAACACCAUGUACUCCUCAGCCUCCAGUAUAUUUCAGACACAGGUUUCCACCUCAUACGGCUCCCCCACAAACGUUUACAUCUCCCAAGUGGGCACUCCUCAGUCAGAACUGCAGUCCACCCUCUCUCUAAAAAACAUUGACAUCUGCUAA